UUCAAUAUGCCUUCAUUCACACUUUCGUUUAUCGUACUCGGUCUGCAGCUCUUCACGCGAGCUGUUCAGGCCCAGGACGCACCCCUUUUCAUUCAAGGUGGUCUUGAAGGGGCCUCUGCAACAGAUGCCUCCUACAACACCGGCGGUACCAUUUCAAUCAAUGGUUUCGAUAUGGAGAUUCCAAAGAACCUCCAGGUUCAGUUUCCUGCUGCCAAUGUCCCUUGGAAGGACUUUGUAGCUGAUAAAGACUCCAUGAUUGGUUACGAAGUCAAUGUGAUUGGUAACUUUAUCAACGGACACCCUAUUGCAGCUCAAGUCCUCGCCUAUGAAUUCUUUGAAGGGCUCAACAGUGGCUUCAUUGAAUCUAUCGAUUUCGCCGAUGGUAGCAUGAAGAUUGUCUCUGGACCAACUGUCCGCAUCAGUGACCCUAAUGCUGUCUUCUCCAUCGGCUAUACUGGUGCACCUUUCUUCACUGCGGACGAUGAAAGCCCCAGCAUCUCCUCAUUCUCUGGUUUCCCUAUGUGCAUCCCUCGAAGUGCCUCAGAUCCUCUCUGCCCCGCUGCUAAUCGUCCAUUCCGAGGGUCCGGAACAUUUAAUGCCCCAGACCCGUUAUCCAUGGCUCCAUUCUUGCCUGGUGACUUUGUAACCUUCUCUGGUAUUCGCCGUGGCAAUGAGGUGAUUGCCUACAGCAUCGUAGCGCAGAAUGUCAUGAUCACUACUUUGGGUGAUCUUGUCUAUCUUCGAAUGGAGCUCGGACUUUUGGGAAUCGACAACAACAACCCCAACACUGAGAUAGCAGAGUCUCGAUUCGUCGGUUUCGCAUCUAACCCGAGAACCACAGUGGCUCUCUACGCCAUGGAUAUCGACCCCUGCACUGGCGCCGUCACUGACCGAAUUAUUGCCUCCAUGGGUCUUCGUGGCGGCCGCAACGAGCAAAACAAAUUCGAGUACCGCUCGGACAUUCUCUUCGGAUACGCUCGUGACUACCGCGUCGUUGCGGAGAUCAACGGUGUUCCUAAGACCCGCACCACUAAGAACGGUAUUCUCGCUGGCACCUAUGUCCAACCCGUCAACGUAUGGGUACAUGCAGAGCAGAACAUUCCAGGAACAGCUCCUCCUGCCAACGACUUCAGUCAGAUGUCCUGGCUCACCAACGGCCUUGGUGUCGAUGAAGACGGCAACUUGUGGGGUCCUCUUGACCCUUUCCCCCAGACUGGUGUUCUCAUCGAACCUCCCAACUGUGGCCCAGCUGCUCGCAUUAGGUUUGAAGGUGAUAACCUCAACACCACUUGGGUUCCCUCGUGUAUGUUUCCUCUUCCUAAUAUUCCUCACUGA